GUGAUUAAAAAAAAGUAGAAGAAGUCAACCCGCCAUACCAUGUUCAUACCUGUAUUGUAAAUUACUAUUUGCUUGAAUGGAAAAGUUAUUAUUUAGUAAACUCGUUGAAACACGGUUGAGACACGGGGCAUGCUUUUUACACAUAGCGCCGCGGUAAGACAAGACAUGCUGAGGUUUAAAUGCUGAAUCUACAGGAGCCGGUUCGGCAUUUGUGAAGAAAGUGUCAUAAAAUGGAGGAAAUGAUGAUGGAAUCGGAUUCGGUGGAAAUGUCUGAGCCCGGAGCGCUCCAGGGGCUCGCUGAGGCGUGGGAAUCCGUGACUGCAGCUUUGGUGUCUUCUGGAUGCCCGGUGUCUGACCAGAGCCUCUCUGACUCCUUGCUUCUGCUCUGCAGUCAUGGUUUGGGCCGACUGCUCGGGAUCUGGCUGCUGGAAACUUUGCAGAUGCGCCUGUCGUCCUCGGUGGUUCCAGAGUUCUGGUCUUGCCUGAAACAGCCGGAGAACGAGCUGGAGGAAAAAGAUCGAGCAUGGGUUCUCCUCACUGCUUUUAGGACUCUGUUGGACCGCCUGGAACCUUUUCUGAGUGGUUUGGAGAAGCUUGGGGCGUGGCAGGAUGAGGGUCAUGGUGGUCUGUGUGGUCCAGGUCCCAGUGGCCUCCAGGAGCGAGCCUUCACCACCAUCAGAGCCCUCCUGCUGUUCUCUCCUCCCCCCAUUCUGCAGGAGCGAGUGCUGGAGUUUUACAGCAGGACUUUCUCCGUCUACAUGAAACUGGAGGGCAGCGAUGAGGAUGUGGCCGAGGCUCCAGACAGCCCCAGUGGAGGGUCCUGCCCAGGGUGUGGGGUCCCGGUCCUGAGGUGCUGGUGUCAGGAGGCCCUGGAGCAGCUGCAGGAGCUCAGCCACAUACUACUGAAGCUACAGCUGCUGGAGUGGGUCAGCUCGGAGGCCAUCACCUGCAUCCUCCACAAGCUCAUCGAGCAGCGGAUGGAGCAGCAUUGCCGGGGCGAGUACGAGCGCUCCUUCUUGCUGGACUUCCAGGAGUGGCUGGAGCUGGUUCUUGGCUGGCUGAGCAAAGUGUUCGCCAGUGAGGUGGACGGAGCCACUCCUGUUCCUGCUGCUCCCAGUGGUCCCAUUCAGUCCAGCAUCCAGGGCACCCAGCCUGCCAGCUCCAUCAUGAAGCAGUGGAGAUGCCACAUGCAUCAGUUCUUCUGCAGGAUCUACGUCAACAUGAGGAUCGAAGAGCUCUUCAGCAUCAUCCGAGAUUUUCCGGAAUCUAAAGCUGCCAUCGAGGAUCUGAAGUUCUGCUUGGAGCGAACCAACCAGAGGCAGCAGCUCCUCGUGUCGUUGAAAUCAGCCUUUGAAAGCCGCCUGCUGCACCCAGGCGUUCACACGGCCGACAUUCUCACCGUUUACAUCUCAGCCAUCAAAGCUCUCCGAGAGCUGGACCCGUCCAUGGUGAUCCUGCAGGUGGCCUGCCAGCCCAUCCGUAAAUACCUCAGGACUCGAGACGACACGGUGAGACAGAUCGUUGCGGGGCUCACAGGAGACGCUGAAGGCUGCGCCGAUCUGGCCUCCGAGCUGUCCCGAGGAGACCCCGUCACUCUGGAGAUGCAGGACAGCGAUGAUGACGGCAACGACCCUGAAGACUGGACUCCAGACCCGACCGAUGCUGUGCACGAUAAGAUGGGUUCGAAUCGUCGCUCAUCUGACAUCAUCAGCCUGCUAGUCAGCAUCUACGGCAGUAAGGACAUCUUCAUCGAUGAGUACCGAGCCGUGCUGGCUGACCGGCUGCUGCACCAACUCAAUUACAACACCGCCCGGGAGAUCCGUAACGUGGAGCUGCUGAAGCUGCGGUUCGGAGAGUCCCACAUGCACCUCUGCGAAGUCAUGCUGAAGGACAUGGCUGACUCUCGUAGGAUCAACAGUCACAUCCGUGAAGAAGAGUCGAGGCUGAGCGAAGAGGAGCAGCUGCCGCUCAGUCUGUCAGCCAUCAUCCUGUCGUCAGAGUUCUGGCCAACGCUGAAGGAGGAGAAGCUGGAGCUCCCUGCUGUCGUCUGUCAGGCCAUGGAGGCGUACACACACAGCUACGAGAAGCUCAAGGCCAUGAGGACUCUGAGCUGGAAGCCUCACCUCGGUUCUGUCACUCUGGAUGUGGAGCUGGAGGACCGGGUCCUAUCCCACCUCACGGUGUCGCCGAUCCACGCGGCCAUCAUCUUGCACUUCCAGGAGAAAAGCUCUUGGACCCUGGAGGAGCUGAGUGUGAAGCUGGGCGCCCCGAAGGAGCUGGUCCACAGGAAGCUGGCCAUGUGGCAGCAGCAUGGAGUUCUGAAGGAGGAAGCAGGAGGGCGGUACUGUGUCCUGGAGACCCGCUCAUCUAGAGAGAAACUGGACCGAGGCGUGAUGCUGAUCGACAGCGACGAGGAGAGAGACUCCAACACCACCACCCAGUCUGAACAGAGAGAGGAGAAGCUGCAGCUGUUCUGGGCCUACAUCCAGGCCAUGCUCACCAACCUGGACAGCAUGACCCUGGACCGAAUACACUCUAUGCUGAGGAUGUUCGUCGCCUCGGGACCUGUCGUCACGGAGAUGGAUAUCAACGAGUUGGAGGCCUUCCUUCAAAAGAAGGUCAGAGAGCAUCAGCUGAUUGUGUCUACAGGCAUCUACAGACUCCCGAAGUCCAACUGAUGGAGUUGGUGUGGCAUUCAAGUGCUUUUUCUCACGAUCAGAGACGUCUGUAAAAUGAUGCCGGCAGCUAAAAUUGGUCCUGCAGGUUCAUGAAGUUUCUACUGAAAGUCUUGUUUUUUUAUGGUUUUGAGUGCAACAUGAGUCACAGCAGUGAUGUUGCUGCAGGAGGAAGCAGCACUGAGCUGGAACAGAGAAUUAUAUUUUCUGUCUCGCCUCUGAUGUUUUCUUGGUGUUACGUUCCAACUUUGGAGUCAUUCAUCAAAACGAAGAGACUUGGAAAUGUUCACACAGGUUAAAAACAGGACCCAGUUCAUCCACAGCAGUUUGAUAUAUUCACAUUGUAAUAAAGGAAACCAGAUCCUCAGAAUUAUUAAAAAACAAAUAAAGCGGUCAACUCGG